AUGAUUAUUGAUCAUGUCAAAGACGAGCACGGAAAUACAGUUGAUUUGCCAAGAUUAUUGAUAUAUGAUAUAAUUCAUUUCGAGGAUAUGCAUGUCGGAAAGGAAAACUUUGAUAUCCGGUUCAUGUGCAUUCGACGAGAGCUGAUUGAGCCAAGGAAUGCUGCGAUAAAGGCAGGUCGUAUCCGUAAGGAACGUGAACCGAUGUCUGUACGCGUGAAAGAUUUUUGGGAGAUGGAAGCCUUGCCAAAGCUUUUCGAGCCAAAGUUUACGAAGAAUGUUGGACACGAAAUUGACGGUCUCAUCCUGCAACCGGUCGAUGCUCCGUACACCCCAGGUCGCUCGGAUAUAGUGCUUAAGUGGAAACCGCCAUCACACAACUCGAUUGACUUCAAGCUUCAGAUCAGGAAGUAG